UCUGUUUUGAUGACUUGACGGUUACAUCUUUCGAUUUAGUUACUUAAAUUAUGUUGAUUAUUUUUUUGAAAUUUAAGUAUAUAUAUGUAUAUUGUUAACAUUAUUCGAUUAUUUAUUAAUAAUAUGAUUGUUUGAUUAGUGAUAAAUAUAAAAAUCAUAUUGUUAUAAUAUACUAUAUAGUGAAAAUAACUUUAAAUAACAAACAAUAUUUUUGUAAUAAUUUGUUUAAUUCAAUAAUUUAUUGUUGUAAACACAACGUAUAAGUAUUACUCAUUUAAGUAAAUUUCAUUCUAUUUAUCAAGUUUAACAUGAUAGGAGAAUCGAGAUCAGAGUUUAGACUUAAGAAUCCACCAGAAGAUGGAAUAUCGUCUGUAAAAUUUGGACCUAAUUCAUCUCAAUUUUUAUUAGUUUCAUCUUGGGACUGUUCAGUUCGACUUUACGAUGUACAGGCGAAUAGCAUGCGUACAAAAUAUACACAUGAUCGGCCAGUAUUAGAUGUUAGCUUUCAGGAUGCAGUUCAUUCAUUUAGUGGAGGUCUGGAUAACAAGUUAAAAAUGUAUGAUUUGAAUAGUAAUUCAGAAAGUGUCCUAGGCUCGCAUGAUAAUGCAGUACGCUGUGUUGAGUAUUCUAAUGAAGUAAAUGUAGUUUUAUCUGGUGGUUGGGAUGGUAAUGUUAAAAUGUGGGACACAAGAUCAUCUCAAUGUGUUGGAACACUCCCUCAACCAGACAAAGUCUUUACUAUGAGUAAUGUAGGUGAAAAACUUGUAGUUGGUACUGCUGGACGGAAAGUAUUUGUAUGGGAUUUAAGAAACACAGCAUAUAUAAUGCAAAGGAGAGAAUCAAAUUUAAAGUUUCAAACAAGAUGUAUACGUUGUUCACCAAAUAAACAAGGUUAUGUGUUGAGUAGUAUUGAGGGCAGGGUAGCUGUUGAAUAUUUUGAUACGGCUCCAGAAAUUCAGAAGAAAAAAUAUGCUUUUAAAUGUCACAGAAUAAAAGAUAAUGAUAUUGAAUGCAUUUACCCUGUAAAUGCUAUCAGUUUUCAUCAAGUAUUUAAUACAUUUGCCACGGGUGGUUCAGAUGGAUAUGUAAAUAUUUGGGAUGGUUUUAAUAAAAAGAGAUUGUGCCAAUUUCAUCGAUACAAUACAGGAAUUACAUCUCUAUGCUUUAGUCAUGAUGGUUCAUCUUUGGCUAUUGGUAGUUCUUACAUGUAUGAACAGGAUGUACAUCCAGAUCCAAUACCUGAAAAUAAUGUUUAUAUUAGAUAUGUUACUGAUCAAGAAACUAAACCUAAAUAAUCAUAUUACAUAAAUACAUUUUUAUUUUAUACAGUAGUUUUGUGAAUUUGUUAAUUUAUUAUGAUUAAAUUUACUAUUUUGUAAAUAUUAUGUCUUUGUAUACUCAAAAUUAAUUUAUCAAUUGUAAUCUAAUAAUAGAACUUUUAAAAAAAAGAAUUGAAAUUUCAAGUUUUAUUGUUUUUAAAUGAAUAAAAUAAUAAAUAUUUUUA